AUGCAAUGGCUUUGGCUGUCCCGCCCUUCACGAGUAAGGGCCUUCUCUUCGACUCUAUGGGUUGAUGGAGCUACAAAGGGCGCAGCCUUGCUGGAAGAUGUGCGCGCACGGACGUGCGAGGACAUGCAGCCCGCGCUGCUGCAAACAGUGGGGCAGGCGGGGCUGGCCACUUGCCUUGAGAUGCUGGCGCAGUUGCGGUACCAGAGGAGCACGGCGGUGUUCAGCCUGGAGCAGGCCGACAAAAGCGAGGCAAGCGGCCCAGCGGCUGAAGGCGCGCGGGGAAAGCAAUUUCGCUUCUCGCUGCCCUCAGCCGUGCAGUGGCGCUCUUCCGCGGCGGUGAGCUCCACGCUGCAGGUCACUGAGCAGAGCAGCGUGCAGGGCGUGGCCAAAGCCUUGGCGGCCCGCGUGGCGGAGCUGCCCCACAGGGCGGGGCCUCAAGCCAUCGCCGUGCAUGUAGAUGUUCGAGUUGCUCGCACAGUGCGAUGGCACCGGUUGCUCAAGGCGGCCUAUGCGAUUGCCAGGGUACACGAGUGGCAGGCCGAAGCCCAGCAGAAGGUGACAACUGGGAGCAACUUUGAUACAGCUUUUCCUGUGCCCGUUCAUGGCGCAUCGAUGAGCUCUUACCGCUUCACGAACCUGCUGGGGGCAACCUACAGGGGCGGAAGUUUGGAGUUUACCCCUGACGGCAAUGUGCUCCUGAGCCCGGUGGGCAACCGGAUCUGCGGCGUAGACUUGGUGCAGGGCAGGACGGUUACCUUGGAGCCAGAGAACCGCGAAGACGUGGCGGUGCUGGCGCUGACUCAGGAUGCCCGGCUGCUGCUGUCCAUUGAUGUCAGCGGGCAUGCUUUGCUCAUCAACUUUGUGCGGUGCUCCAUUCUCACGCGCAUUAACUUCAAGGGAAGGGUGCAUAGCGCCAAGUGGAGCCCAGACGGCAAGUGGCUUGUGGUCAGCCACGGGCGUAAGACGAUGCUUUGGAGGAGUCCCACUGUGGAGCUUGGCUGGCAGUUCGUGAAGGACAAGGUGCUGGCCUCCCAUCACGACGACGUGGUGGACUACGCCUGGGCCUCCAACUCCCAGUUCUUCGCCUCCUGCUCCAAGGACGGCUCAGUCCGCGUGUGGUCCGUGCGGUACAUGGAGAAUUUCAAGCCGGUGGCCUUGCUGGAGCACCGGAGCCCGGUGCGGGGCGUCUUCUUCUCCGAUGACCUGCAGUAUGUCUACAGCAUGUCGAGGAAUGGAGAGUUGGUCUCAGCAAAGUACACCCUGGACGAGGAUGUCAGCCCCGAGGACCGCGGCAAGCCCUUGUAUUGCCUGCCCGGCACCUGGGCAAUCGAAGCCAAGGCCUCCUGCCAGCAGCCGCAGUACAACAAGGUGACCCGCUGCGACUUCGAUGGCUCCUUGAUGGCGGUGGGCUUCAGCCUGGGGGUGCUCAUGCUCUUCGAGAUGCCGUCGCUGCAAGCCUUGCAGACCUUGAGCUUGGGCCAGGAGCCCUUGGAUGCUGUCCGCCUGGGUGCCAAGGGGGAUUGGCUGGCCGUUGGCAGCGCAGGGGUGGGCCAGCUGCUGGUCUGGGAGUGGCGCUCGGAGACCUACGUGCUGAAGCAGCAAGGCCACCACUGGGGUGUGAAGUGCGUCGCCUUCAGCCCCGGCGCAGUGUCGAUGAAGCGCGGCAAGGCGCUGGCGAGCAGCGAAGCGCGUCCGGAGGAGCGCAGCACCAUUGGCGGCCGGCUGCUAGCAACAGGUGGAUACGAUGGCAAGGUGAAGCUGUUCAACGCUCAGAGCGGCCUUUGUUUCGUCACCUUCGCAGAGCACACCGCCCCGGUGAACGCCGUUUGUUUUACGCCCCAGGGCAACGCAGUGGUCAGUGCAAGCCGCGACGGCUCCGUUCGCGCGUUUGACCUGCUGCGCUAUCGCAACUUCCGUACCUUCGCUAGCCCAGAUGGCCUGUGCCAGUUCUCCAGCGUCGCCGUGGACUCCGGCGGCGAGAUUGUGGCGGCCAGCUCUCUUGGGGGCAAGUAUGCCGUUUAUGUGUGGUCCCUCCAGACGGGCAACGUGCUGGAAGUGCUCACGGGCCACACCUCCCAUGUCCAGUCCUUGCACUUCUCCCCCUCCGCGCAGCACCCGGGGCAGCUGGUGAGCGCUUCUUGGGACGGCACGCUGAACGUGUGGGACCUCUACGCGGGGACCAAAGGGGGCGCCGCGGAGGCUUUGCAGUGUUCGUCCAGCGUCCUCUCAGUGUGCUUUGAUCCUCGCGGAAACGACCUUUGUGCAGCCUCCUGUCUCUCUGGGCAGAUUCUUUUCUGGAACGUGGUCUCCGCCCAGACUGUUGGCAGCAUUGAUGGCCUCAGAGAUAUACAAAGUGGCCGCCAGUGGCACGACAUGUUCGCCGCCACCAACACUCGGGGUAUCAAGCCUGGAGCCGGCUUAAAGAAGAGAAAGCCAACAGACGGCCUCAACCUCAAUCAGCACUUCAACUCUGUGGCCUACGCAAAAAGCGGCGAGCUGCUGCUUGCCUCUUCGCAGAACUCCCCCUAUGUGACGCUUUAUGACACCACUGCCUACACGCUGAUGAGCCGCGUAACGGUGACCACCAACAAAAGUCUGAGCGGAGUUCAACCGUUCCUGAAUAGCAAAUUCAUGACGGAAGCAGGCGUGGCUGUCCAGCAGCUGGACGUGUCUGACUCUGACGCCGAUGACACCGAAGUGGCCAGGCAACAGGAGGUUCGCCGCAAGAUGAACGCCCUGCCUGGAGUGAGCGUUGGAGAGGCCAAGGAUGCCUACACGGACAAGGAGCUGCACGUUUGGGGGGUGGCUUUCAGCGCCGACUCCCAGCAGUUCGCGGUGGCCACCACCCACGGAGUCUUCGUGUACAGCCAGGACGCUGGCAUGGGCACGGCCGGAAUCUCUGGCGGCAUCUAUGGAAGCGAGUCCCGCUUUGUGCCACAGAUGCUGACAAAAGCCGUGUCAGCCCCUGCAGUGCUUAAGGCGCUUGAUUCGGGCGACUGCACCCGUGCCAUGAUCCUGGCGCUGGCGCUGAAUGACUACGGCCUGCUGAGAACCGUGUAUCAAAAGGUGCCUGUGCAGUCCAUUGAGUUGGUGGUUGCGUCCAUCGGCUCACCCUUGAUCCCUGCCCUACUUUGGUUCCUCAGCCUGGAGCUAAAGCCCCAGACUGGCACUCCGCACUACCAAUUUCACGUGCUCUGGAUCUCAGCCCUGAUCGACCUGCACUUCCAGACUUUGCUUGAGAUGAGCUCCGGCCGUGCUACCCCUCGCACUGGCUCGACGCUGGAUGCGGGCAACCGGGCAGACGUGGCCGCGCUUUGCUUGCAGCUGCUGGUGGAGCUGUCCCAAAGGCAUGCCGCAAUGUCCAAGAUCUUUGACGGCAACACGUACCUGCUACGAUUCCUCGGCAGCAUGCCGGACGAGACGCCAGAGGCAUCGCUUGAGACGGAGGCAGAGGUGAAGGCAGAGGUGAAAAAGAAGAAACCAAAGAAGGCCAAUGCCCCACACCAGGAGACCGUGCUGAAGAAGAAGAAGAAGCGGCGACUGAACACUUGAUGGCCCGU